AUGGAGCUCAACGACGUGAUUGGUGGAAAUGUUGCGACUGAUGGCGACCACUUGGCUGGCGGGUGCGACGGCGACAUGGAUGGCGACCUUUUGGAGGGAGACGACGUUUUGGGUGCGUCGUGGGAUGCAUGCGACCACACCGGCAAUCUCGAGGCGAUUCUCAGAGGACGAAGUGAGACCCUUAUCGCUCAAUUCUAUCCUCUUCCAUCGUUUCACUUGCUCUUCUCGCGCCGCUCCAGAUCGUCGUACCAGACCGCGAGGCACGCCCAAUCCGGUUCUGCGACAGGUCAUCAUCACGUGCAAUCCUCCAUCGCGGGAAUUCUCUCCCACAUUCACGCUUCCGCGGCUUCCGCCGGUACGGCGGACGCGGGAAAGCUGCUCUGGGAAGGCCCCGCUGUAACAUUCGAAGACAAGCGUCGCCGCGGGGAAUUCGAGUAUGACGAGCGCCGAGGCGAAGGCGACGGCGAGAACGCGAAAUUCGCGAAACUUGCGACGGUUCCAGCUGCGGCUGUUGCGGAGGCGACGGAGGGAGGUAACACGGAGAGGGCUCGCGACACGGUUGAGAAGCUCAGCGUCUCGGGGUUUUCUGUCGGUGCUGACGCGAACUGUGCGAACGCGGGAGGGCUUUGCGAUUCAGUGCUUCGGUCGCCGUCGCCUCCGCGCGACAGCAUUCCGCAACGCCUGUCGCUCCUGCAGGCCACGCGGGAUGCUGUGACACGGGUGAAAGUGGAGAACCAGCACAUGAAGACGCAGCGAUUACAGCAGCAGCAGCAGCAGCAGCAGCAGCAGCAACAACAGCAAGAUCAAGAGCAACGGCAGCAAGAAGAUCAACAGGAACAGCACCAGCGUCAACAACAACAGCUACAGGAUGAGCAGCAACAACAGCAGGGUACGAGCCCUGCAUCGUCCUCCUGUACUCGCACCGCUCCCACGUCCUCCCUACCCGCUCUCGCCGCAUCGUCUACUGCCGCCGCUACAGCUACCUCUUCUGCCACCACCACCACAGCCACGCGUACCACCAAGAUAACAAUCAUUGCCACUCCUCCCGGCUCCACCCCCACCCCUCCGCGGACCAACCCCGCUCCUGCCCGCCACACCUCCACUCCUCCCAAUUCCUCUGGCACUCCCGUUCGAAGCAUUCGGCCGCCACCGUUCCGCCGAGUCCCCUCGUCACCCGCCUUCUCCCCCGCUGCUCCCGCCACUACCUCGUUCCCGUCGCCCUCCCAUCCCUGCGCCUUCCCACCCGCCCCUCCCACCCAUCGCACCAUCCCGUACCCCUCUCAACCGGGCCUCCCAUUUCCGCCUAGCCCCGCUCCUUUCUUCGCGUCCGCGUCCGCGCUCGCGCCAGCGCUCGCGCCUGCACCCGCGCCAUCCGCGCAGCGCGGGCUGCCGGCCUAUCCGCGGCUGCCCUUCUUCCCCAACUACCACCAGGCCUCUCCCGCAGCCGCGCUUCCCCUCCCCCCCAUGCCCGCGAGCUUCUUAGCUGGCACUGCUGCCGCCACGGCCUCUGCAAGCAGUGCUGCCGCUGCCGGCGCCACUGGUGCUGCUUUUAGCACUGCUGGCGAGGCAGCGGGUGCUGGUGCUGCUGGCGCAUCAGCCGCCGCUGCCGCUUUUGGAGAAGUGAAUGCUGCAACGAAGAUGUUGACUUCUGAGUCGUCUCAAAAGUCGAAUGCUGCAACGAAGGUGGUGUCAGCUGGUGCAGUGAGCGCAGCCACCAACGCUCGCACGAGCGCAGCCAUGGAGGCAUCUUCAGCGAUUGCUGCUCGUAUGGCUGCCGUAGGCCCAGUGCCUGUUCGCACUCUCAUGCCCUUCUCUGGAGGCGCCAUGAUGCCUGCACCCGCGUUCUUCCCAGGAAGCAGCAUGGUUCACCCGUUCCCUCCUGCAUUCUUCUACCAAUCCAGGCUUCACGCGGCGGCAUCAGCUGCUGCGCAUGCAUCAGCAGCAGCAGCAGCUACGACUGCAUCUGCUGCAUCUGCACCGACCUCUUGUACUCCUGCCUCUGCUCGUUCUCCCGCUUCUGCCGCUACUGCUGCAGCGGCGGCAUUUCCUCCCAUGAGAGGAGCGCAGGGAUCCGCAGGGGCAGUUGGAAGCACGAAAGGUGCCGUGCACGCCGGUGGGUGGAUGAGCAAGCAGAUGUGGGUGCGUCAGGCCCAGCAGGGGACUAGCUCGCAGCAGGAGCAGCAACUGCUGGGUCGACAGAUGUAUCUGUUUCACCGGCAGCAGCAGCUGAUGCGCAUGCAGCAACAGAGGCAGCAGCAGCAGCAGCAGCAGCAGCAGGAGGAUAAGCAGCGGGAGAAGCAGAACGAGGUGGUGGAAGCAGAGCGGCAGGAGAAACCGCAGCCAUUGAACCUGCACGGAACGAGCGAGGCGAAGCCACAACCUGUUGUACACGUGAAGGAAGAAGCAGGCCGGGAUGACACAACCCACAGCACUGCCGCGGUUGCUGAUACAGCUGAUACAACAGGUGAUGCGUCAGCACCAUCUGCAGCUGUUGCCACCACCUCACACGCAGCGUCAAAUCCGGCUGAACCUGCUCGUCCUGUCCAGGCCGAGGCCUCACUCCCUCCGUCCCCAGCAGCAGCACCUGCAGCAACGGACUCGAGUGGAAAGCAAAUGGAACGUGACUGUAAUGAGGGUAAGAGGGCCCGUGAGGCACAGCAGGAGGGGUUGGAGGCAGGUGGAACGGAUACAGUUGGACAGGGGCGAAGCAAACGACUCAAGGCUGCAGAGGAGACAGUGAGAUCCGAGUCUGAGGAGGGAGAAGCAAUGGCGGAGGAUGCAGCCAUGGUUGAGGCAGCAGUGAAGGUGGAGCAGGAUGGGUCUCAGGCGAAUAAUUCCUCGCUGCAACAUGCCGCUUCCUCCGUCGAUGGAGCAGCAAGAGUGUCAGCAAGAUCGUCAGCAGGAGGAGCAGGGCCAGCAGUUGAAGGAGCUGGUUCAAUGGAGUGCGGGGAUGCAGGCAUGGACGUCGAGUCGGCCACGUUGGGCCAGCUCUACUCUACCAUUGCUCAGGUGACUCUCACUCUCUCCUUUGGUGCCUGCACCUUUCUCUGCUUGCCUCUCUCCACUGCCAACACCACAUCCACAUCCACCAAUUCACCAAGCCACACUGCUCAAACAGGCCAGGAGGGUUUGAAUCCCACUCCCACUGAAAAUGCUGCCUCCCCCGUGUCCCCUGUCGCUGCCAGUGAGAAGCAACAGCAACAGCAGCAGGAGAAACAAGAUCCCAAACAGCAGCAAGUCGCUUCGCAAGCCCACUCCAACACCCAUGUUCCUGACUACAACGCUGUCGACCGUGUGAUUGCCAAGCUGCUCUUCAUGGCGCCACCCACCCCCACCUCAACCCACUCCUUCCCCGCAUCGUCCCCUUCCUCCUCGCACUCCACCCACCCAGCAGCCUCAGCCUCCCACGCUCCAUCCCACUCGCACGCAGCCUCAACUCUCCUCGUGCACUCCCACUCCGCCACCUCCCUCACUGCUUCCUUCUGCUCCUCCGCCAACCCCACCUCCAUCCCACAAUCCGCAUCCACGCCUCAUGCUCAUGCAACCAGCUCGUUGCACCCACCUCCCCUCGCUCCUCCUCCUCCGCCGCCUCCUGCUCUCCGUCACCCCCCACGCACCAGCCCCUCUCCGUCAUCGCGAGCAGCGUUCCCUGCGUUGCCUCCCUCCUUUCCGGUUGCGACACAUCCACCAUUCCACCAGUCCCCACACGGCCCCCAUCACCCCGCCAUGUUCCCUCUCACCGCCUGCUUCCUCCCCUGCUGCUCCGCUCCAGAUGCCUGCUCCUACCCUCAGCACCACAACCCCUCCCAUCCAUCCUCACUCCAUCCGUACUCCACACCUUUCCAACGUGCUCACCUUGCUGCAGUCACUUCUGGUGGGCCCGGAAAAUGGAUGACGUGGCAUGGCCAGAGCCAGCCAGCUGGGGAGAUGUGGAUCAUUCCAGCAUUCUCCUCUAAUCUCACCACCCUCAAUCGUUUCCCUGCGAUUCGAGCACCCGUCCUGUGCACCCCAUUCCUGCGCUUCCGUUACCUGCGGUGUGCCGCGCUGAGUUAUUUCGGGCCGCGGCUCCUCCCUACUGCUUCGCGAGGCGAGGACCCGCUGCUGGUUCUCACCAUGCGUACCAGGGUUAGCGGCGGCGCUGCUGGUAGUAUUAGGGUUUGCCAUUCGAACAAGUGUGCCGCUUGUGGUUUCCGUCCCAACGUCCGCCACCGCCGUGCCCGUGUCUUUCGCCGUCGUUAUCAGCAAGUGCGCUUUUAG